AUGGAAGAUGUAUGGGAAACAUGGAUUUCUUCUUUGGAAAUGGAUAUUGGUCACUCAUUGGAUGAAGACAAGUUUGACAUAGAGAAUGUGCAACAACCAAGUUUCUCUUUUGAGGGUUCUAAUAAUGUCAAAUCUUCAAUUCAUAGUAUUAGCUCAAAUUGUCUCAUUUCUCAAGAACAUUAUGAUGCUAAUUCAAAACAAACACCAUCUCAACACCUUCUGCCUUUUGAAAACUCAUGUGUGAAACCUUCUCCUAAUAGUGCCAUUGCUACAUGUUCUUCCAUCAUGGACCCAAAAACAACAACAUUGAAUCACAAUGAGAGCACACUUUCUGCCACCAUUCCUGGAUUGAAGAAGACAGAUAAGGUAUACAUACUAGAAGAAGCUAUCAAAUAUGUGAAACAACUUGAAGAGAAAAUAAAAGAGCUGGACAAUCAAAACAAAAUGAAAAAUAAAUAUUCAGAAAUAUUGAUCAAGAAAUCUCAAGCUUGCACAAAAAAGGAUGAUAUUGAUGAGGAUGAAUAUUAUUUCAAAAAAGAACUACCUAAGGUUAAAGCAAGAGUGAUAAAUAAUGAAAUUAUGGUUGGAAUCCAUUGUGAGAAACAAGAGAAUACUGUGGUUAAAAUAAUGGGGUUGCUUCAAAAUCUUCAUCUAUCACUUGCUAGUAGUAGCAUAUUACCAUUUGGAAAUUCCACUCUUAAGGUUACAAUCAUUGCUCAGAUGAAUGAUAAAUACUGCAUGAACACCACAUAG